AUGCUUGAACCACCAACAAUUGCUUAUCCACAACCAACGAAAAAGAAUGAAAAUCAAGAAAUAACUUUAGAACUACAAGAUCUUGGACCAUUAUCCCCAAUUGAAUCUAAUGGUCCUGGAGUUGGAUCUUCAAAGAAUAUUGCACAAGGGUCAGGUUUUACAUGGCAUGAUAAUGGUAGAAAUACACCUGAUAAUAAUUCAGUAUCAGGAGCUGGAGGAAAACAAUCAAGUAUUAGAGAAUUGACUAAUGAAGAUGAAACAAUUUCAUUAAUUGAUGAAGAUUUAGAUUUCCCAGAAGGUGGAUUAAAAGCUAAUUUGGUUGUUUUUGGAUCAUUUAUGGGAUUAAUCCCAGUGUUUGGAUUGAUUAAUUCACCGGGUGCUAUUGAAGCUUAUGUUUCUUCACAUCAAUUAGCAGAGUUUAGUACAAGUACUGUAUCAUGGAUUUUUUCAAUGAACGUAUUCUUUGCAUUUGGUUCAGGUAUUUUCAGUGGUGCAUUUUUCGAUAGAAAUGGUGCUAGGCCACCAAUGAUUAUUGGUGCAGUUUUCUUUUCUGGUGGUUUAUUUGCCACAGGUAAUGCAACAACAGUUUGGCAAUUUAUUUUAUCAUUUGGAUUGGUUACUGGUUUUGGCUUAGGAAUGUUGAUGUCUCCAUUAGUUGGUGUCGUUUCACAUUAUUUUAAGAAAAAUAGAGCUAUUGCUACAAGUGUUGCUACUACAGGUGGAUCUAUUGGUGGUAUAAUUAUGCCAUUACUAUUAAGAUCAUUAUUCCCAAAAGUUGGAUUUGCAUGGGCUUUAAGAAUUUUAGCAUUUAUUUGUAUGUUUUGCUUUGUUUUUUCAAUUUUAUUCUCAAAAGAAAGAAUUUCAAACAAAAGAGGUAAUGAAGACGUCAAUACUCAUAAACCAGCAGGAUUUAUUAAAACUUAUAUUAUUGAUGUUUUCGAUUACAAAUCAUUAAUUGAAGUGAAAUUUAUUUCUUGUGCUUUAGCAGUUGCAUUAGCUGAGUCAUCAUUGAUUGUUUGUUCGAUUUAUUUCCCUUCAUAUGCAAUUAAAAGAGGGUUUGAUGAAAAUACUUCAUAUUUAUUAUUAACAGUGAUUAAUACUACAGGUAUAUUGGGUCGUUAUAUUCCAGGUUACGUUGCAGAUAAGUUUCUUGGUAGAUUUAAUGUUGUUAUUUUAACAUUAACAGGUUGUGUCUUGGUAAGUUUCUUAUUAUGGUUACCAUUUGGUUAUAGUCUAAAAGUAUUAUAUGCGUAUUCAGGAUUAUAUGGGUUUUGUUCAGGUUCAAUCUUAUCUUUAUCACCAGUUUGUUGUGGUCAAAUAUCAAGAACUGAUCAGUUUGGUAAAAGAUAUAGUACCAUGUAUUUGAUUGUGGCAUUGGCAAUGUUGACAGCAAUUCCUAUAGCAGGUGUUAUUAUUGGAGAUGGGUCCAUUGGUAGGUAUAAUAAUUUUAUUAUUUAUUCAGCCAUGUUAAAUGUUGGUGGGAUCAUGUGCUAUUUGAUAUCAAGAUACGCUUGUGUUGGGUUUAAAUUGUGUAAAUUCUAA